AUGUCUUUCUCUUCAUCGUCAUCGUCAUCGUCGUUGUCGUCAUCACCUCCAUCAUCUAGCAGACAAACACUAGAUAGUUUGAGCAGUGAGGCUGUGAAAAAAACCAAAAUCUUGCACAGCAGCUGCGAUAUUCCAAACAAGAGAAAGUUUGAAGAACUGAGAAAAUCAAUAGUUACAUAUCAUGCCAACAAAUGCUUCUACAAUUAUCAAAGCCAACCAUGGGAUGAGGAGGGCCAUAUGAAAAUGCAUGAAGAUAUGUCCAAGGCGGAAAAUUAUGAUGCGGCUACAAGAAAAUAUUGGAGUCGCAUUCAAGAUGAAACUAACUACAACAAGAUUUAUUUCAAUCAAUACAAGAAUGUUCAAAAUACCAAUAAAAGAUUUAAAAACUAUUCAAAAAAUAACAAGCAGCUUAUAAAUGCAAUUAGUGUCAAGAAUGGGAUUUCGGAGCCUAAUCCUGAAAUUACAAAUGAAGAGAAUAAGCAAGUUGUUUCGGAAAAUGAGGAAAAAGAGUAUACAGGUCUGCAGGUAGCGACGACAAUCAUUCCUACAAGAACUGGAAGUGACAAUUAUUCAGGCAACGAAGAAGCAAUGGAGGAUAGGACUUCUGACACAUCGCAAAAUCAAGAAUUUGUGAUUUCCCCGUUUUUUGAAGAGCAAAGAAAGGAGAAUCCACAGGUGUUGCAAGAAACAAGAAUCGAUAUUGAUAAUUUGGAAAAAAAUGAUUUCCAGAAAGAUUUUAAAAAAAAUGAAGAUGAAAAUAAUUUCCAGUUGUUACAAUUAGCUGAUGAGGAAAGAAAAGAAAAUAUAGAACCAGAAAUAGAUGAAAACACCAACCAAGCUAACUACUCGGAAAGGAAAGAUGAUCAAGAAUUAUUGAUGUUUUAUUCAGAUGACAGUGUUGCGGAUCCGGACUUUGAUGACAGAAGCAGCAGCAAUGAAGAAAGUUCAUCUGAUUCUGAUCAAACUUCAAGGAAAAAGAACGAUAUAAUUUCACAAACUGAGGAAUCAAUUGAAGUUAAAAAAGGAAAAAAAAGAAAAAGGGACAUGGAUCGUUGGGUAACUCUUUCUAGUAAGAAGCUAAGAAAUACUGAAGAUGAAAGAACAAUUAUUUUUAAUAAUUACUGGCAGAUGGGAGAUUUACAUAGACAGCGAGACUUCAUUGCCGCAAGUAUGAUCAAGGUUGAGCCUAAAUAUCGUUAUGUUAAGGAAGGAAGCUGCAGAAAAGCUAACAAUGCUUUCUUUUUCGAAAAAGACGGGAAACGAUUAAGAGUUUGCAAGGUGUUUUUUAUGAACACAUUGGACAUAAAUCAUAGGGUCAUUCGAACUGUAGUAGAAAAGAAACUUAACUUUUCGACUAGCAUCGUGUCAGAAGAUCUUCGUGGUAAACACAAUAAUCACAAACAGAUAGAUGAGCAAAUUAAAAAUGGUGCCAGGCAGCACAUAAGAUCGAUUCCUAAAAUACCAAGUCAUUACUGUCGAGCCGAUUCACAGAGAGACUAUAUAGAUGGCAGCAAAACAAUAGCGCAAAUCUAUAGAGACUAUGUAAAUGAACGUUCACAACGAAAUGAGCAGCAUGUUAACUAUGUCAUGUUCUACAGAAUUUUUACUGAAGAAUUCAAUUUGUCAUUUUUUACUCCAAAGAAAGACCAGUGUGAGCAGUGUGUCGGUUACCAGAAUGCGCUCAAUAAGGACAAAGAUGAUUUGAAAGAAAGCUAUGACCGUCACCUAGUAGAAAAAGACUUAGCUCGCAAAGAUAAGAAAAUUGACAAAGAGGAAAGCAGCUGUAGCACCAUCGUAACAUGCUUCGAUUUACAAGCAGUUUUCCAGUGUCCAAAGGGAGAUAUUUCGGUGUUUUAUUAUAAAAGUAAGUUUCUCAAUCUUACUUUUUAUGAGCUGAAAACAAACGACGUUACCUGUUUCGUUUGGCACGAGGGUGAAGCAGAGCGUGGUGUUAAUGAAAUAGGCAGCUGUGUGUUGAGAUACAUAGAAGAAAAAGCUCUUUCUACUGAGGAGGAACUUGAGUUUAUUUUUUAUACCGAUAAUUGCAGCGGCCAACAAAAAAAUAAAUUUAUGAUUCAUUUAUAUCAGUACGCAAUUCAAGAAUUCGCCAAUAUUAAAUCAAUCACUCACAAAUUUUUGAUUAAGGGUCAUACCCAAAACGAAGGGGACAGUGCCCAUUCCAUGAUCGAAAGAGAAGUUAAGAGAGUAUUGAAAAGUGGCCCAAUAUAUACACCAGACAAUUUUAUAUCCAUAAUUCGUAGUGCUAAAAAGACUGGACGACCCUAUAAAGUUAUAGAGAUGACUCAUGAAAAUUUUUAUAACAUUAAAGGCCUUACUGGAAGUGGUCAAGAAUCAUUUAAAAAUAAAGAUAAAGAAACUGUUAAAACUAGCGAAAUAAAAGUUAUGAAAAUGACAAGAGAAGCACCCUGUUCAUUUUUUUACAAAACGUCGUAUAUGGAAGAAGAAUUGAAAGAGGUUGACACUCAAAGCAAAAAAAAAAGUUUAAGAGGCACCUCAAAAAAUAAUGACCGUUUAAUACUCCAACCUGCCUAUUCAAAAAAACGUUCAUUGCCUGAAAACAAAAAGAAAGAUUUACUUGACUUAAUCAAGCAUAAUCAUAUCCCAAAAUUUUAUGCUCAUUUUUAUAAUGAUCUUUAG